UCUCCUCUCUGUCUCUCCUUCAAAUUUUGAAUCCUCUCCUCCACAGGUUUCGCACAUCGCGAACAUUUCUGAGCUUCAAAAUCUCCCAGCUCUCGGUUCCCGGAUUGGAUCUGCUUUUUCGGUGGUGUGCCGAUUGGGUUUUUCGCUGUGGUUCUGCUGGAUCCGUAACGGAGGGUUUCCGCGUUUGUGAGCUGAGAAGAUGGAGGCCGCAGAGUGCGUCAAGGUCGCCGUCAACAUUCGUCCGUUGAUUACCCCCGAGCUUCUCAAUGGAUGCACCGAUUGCAUCACCGUUGUGCCCAAGGAGCCUCAGGUUCAUAUAGGUUCACACACCUUUACAUACGACUUCGUAUUUGGGAAUGCUGGAUUACCGUGUUUGGAGAUCUACGAUCAUUGCUGUGCUCCUCUUGUGGACGCACUGUUUAAAGGAUAUAACGCUACAGUUCUUGCCUAUGGACAGACUGGUUCAGGUAAAACUUACACCAUGGGGACUAACUAUAGUGGAGAUGGAGCAAAUUGUGGAAUUAUACCAAAGGUGAUGGAAGAUAUAUUUAAAAGAGUGGGGACAACUAAAGAUUCGACCGAACUGUUGAUACGUGUGUCUUUUAUCGAGAUAUUUAAGGAAGAAGUUUUCGAUCUGCUUGACUCAAAUUCCCCGGCUCUCUUAAAGAAUGAUGGUGCGGUUCAGGCGAAGCAUGUUGCCCUCUCAAGAGCUCCAAUUCAGAUCAGGGAAACUGCUAGUGGAGGCAUCACUUUGGCUGGUGUUACUGAGGCAGAAGUGAAGACGAAAGAGGAGAUGGGCUCCUUUCUAGCUCGAGGAUCUUUGGCUCGUGCUACUGGCAGCACAAACAUGAAUAGCCAGUCAAGUCGGUCUCAUGCAAUCUUCACAAUCACGCUGGAACAAAAGAAAAUUUCUAGUUGUUCUUCCACAAUGACUGAAGAUGCCGGUGAAGAUAUACUGUGUGCAAAGCUUCAUUUGGUCGAUCUUGCUGGUUCAGAACGUGCAAAACGAACCGGAGCCGAUGGGAUGCGCUUGAAAGAAGGAAUCCACAUCAACAAAGGUCUACUUGCGCUAGGAAAUGUAAUCAGUGCAUUAGGGGAUGAGAGAAAGAGAAAGGAAGGAGGUCAUGUUCCUUACCGUGACAGCAAGCUCACUCGUUUGCUUCAGGAUUCUCUUGGUGGCAAUAGUAAAACUGUGAUGAUUGCUUGUGUAAGUCCCGCUGAUACAAAUGCUGAGGAGACACUAAACACACUAAAAUAUGCUAAUCGUGCACGCAAUAUUCAGAAUAAAGCCGUGAUUAAUCGAGACCCAGCAGCCGCACAAAUGCAACGAAUGAGGAGCCAAAUUGAGCAGCUGCAGACAGAACUCUUGUUCUAUAGGGGUGACAGUGGUGCUUUUGAUGAGCUUCAGAUCCUCAAGCACAAAGUAGCACUGCUUGAGACGAGCAAUCGUGAGCUACAAAAUGAACUUCAAGAACGGCGAGUAGCUUGUGAGCAUUUCUCAAAACGUGCUUAUGACGCUCAGGUUGAGAAGGACAAACUUAUAAUGAAAAUUGAAUCUGUUCGCAAUGGUAAAUCCUUGGAUGAGAUUGAAUCCUGCCAAGAUGAGGAUGUUGGUUUGAUCAACAAGUACGUUUCAAAAAUUCAAGAGCUAGAAGGAGAGCUGCUGCAUGUCAAAAGCUUAAAGAAAGUCAGUAACUACAAAUAUUCUGAGUCUAUUGAUUCCCAUGAAGAUGGACCCCGUUCGAGUAAUGUCUUGUUCCCCUCAUCCAAUGAGUCGUCAGAUUGUGAAGACAAAGUGAUCGAUGUCGCAGUGUGUGCAGAUGAGGUUGAAUUUCAAGAAAAGGAGCUUGAACAUUGCUCACUUCAAGAAAAGUUAGAUAUGGAGCUAAAGGAAUUGGAUAAGAGGCUUGAAGAAAAGGAGGCUGAAAUGAAGCGUUAUUCAAGCGGUGGUACAUCUGUUCUCAAACAACAUUAUGAGAAAAAGGUCCAUGAACUAGAACAAGAAAAAAGGGCACUGCAGAGAGAAAUUGAAGGGUUGAGACAGAACCUUGCUAGCAUACCAUCUGCCCCAGGCGAUGGUGCCCAAAAACUAAAGGAAUCGUAUCUUCAGAAACUGAACACGCUUGAAACCCAGGUUUCUGAGUUGAAGAAGAAACAAGAUGCACAAGCUCAACUCUUAAGGCAAAAGCAGAAAAGUGACGACGCAGCAAGAAAACUACAAGAUGAAAUACACAGAAUUAAGUCCCAAAAGGUGCAAUUGCAGCAAAAAAUUAAACAAGAAUCAGAACAGUUCAGGGCUUGGAAGGCCUCAAGAGAGAAGGAAGUCAUGCAGCUAAAAAAAGAGGGAAGGAGAAACGAGUAUGAGAUGCACAAGCUCAUGGCUCUGAAUCAAAAACAGAAGCUGGUUUUGCAAAGAAAGACAGAAGAGGCUUCCCAGGCUACAAAAAGACUCAAAGAGCUUUUAGAAAAUCGAAAGGCGUCUUCGCGGGAGACAUUGAGUGGUGCAAGUGCUAAUGGUCCAGGAACUCAGGCAUUGAUGCAAGCAAUUGAGCAUGAGAUUGAAGUCACUGUUCGGGUUCACGAAGUGCGUUCUGAGUACGAGAGGCAAAUGGAAGAGAGAGCAAGAAUGGCGAAGGAAGUUGCAAGGCUAAGGGAAGAAAACGAGUUGCUCAAGAAUGCCAAGAUAAGCAGCGUUGAUGAUGAUACCAUGUCUCCGGGUGCAAGAAACUCAAGGAUUUUCGCUCUGGAGAAUAUGCUUGCGACCUCUUCAAACACUCUCGUUUCCAUGGCAUCACAAUUGUCUGAAGCAGAGGAACGGGAGCGUGUAUUUGGUGGAAGAGGGAGGUGGAACCAAGUUCGAACAUUAGGUGACGCAAAGAGUAUCAUGAACUAUCUGUUCAAUUUGGCAUCAACUGCGAGGUGUCUAGCUCGAGAUAGAGAAGCAGACUGCAGGGAAAAGGACGUCCUAAUAAGAGACCUGAAAGAAAAAAUUGUGAAGUUUAGCAGUUUUGUUAGAUACUUGGAGAUCCAAAAAGCAGACCUCGCGCAUCAGGUGAAGGCACAGGCUUCUGAAUUGAUCAAAAGGUCUGCGGAGGAGAAUUUAAACAACGAGCACAGCUUGAAAAACCAGGAAGCCCGGAACUCGGUUAUAGUUCAUGAGGACAUGGACACCUCUGAUUCUGAUGACUCGGACCAUGAACGGGAAGAUCCAGAUCUUGACGAUGAGUGGAAACCUGAGCAAGAAUCAGAGCGUGAGUCGGAGCAGGAAUCAGUUAUAAAACUGAACAGGAAAAGAAACUUCAAAGUGGGAAGACGGCGCUCUAGUGUGGUGCCGAGGCGUUCAUACGAAGAGAACCUGGACUCUCCUUCAGAUGAGGCAGUGAAACCCACGUCAACAUCUGAUGUGUGCUGCACUUGCAGUAAGAGCUCUUCUUGCAAAACGAUGAAAUGUCAAUGUCGAGCUACAAAGGGAUCUUGUGGUCCUUCAUGCGGUUGCUCUUCAGUUAAAUGUUCCAACAGGAACGCAGACGAAAAGCAGAACAACAACAGUGAGAGUUCUCAGGAAGAACAACAACAAGUCCUUGCUUCACGUGGAGCUUUGCUGCUCCAAAACGCUCUUGCUGACAAGCCAGUUGAGGAGACUAAUGAUGGAGAAGGAACCAGAACAAGAAGAAAGCCUCUGUCAGACAUAGGAAACACGACGGGUAAAACAAAUGUGCCAAAGCCAAUGAAACGAAGGAAAUGGAGGAAGCCUCUGCUUCAGCUCGUUGUAGAUCCACCACGAGCAACAACACCACCAACUUCAUCUCAGGAGCCGAGCGACUCUGGAGAGGCAAAUAAUACCAAACUGAAGCUACCGAGGUCGAUGACUUCUAAAGGCAGUAACAUGCUGAGAGAAAGAAACGCCGACCAAAGCGGUGGUGAAUCAGUUGGUAAUGGUGGUUUUGUGCAGAGCAGUUCUGGUGGGGCAAGUGGAAGUACAACUUCAGAUGAAAAAGAGAACCACACUCGUCGGAUCUAACCAGGAAACGGAGACGUUGCUUGACGAACGAGGAAAGAUGGGUUUGGAUCUUUUUCUUAUUAUCCGAUAAUCUUUGUUUUGGUGUGUGUCAAGAACAUGUUCUAGAUGAAUGAAUGCAUAUGCGAAUUUUUAGA